AUGACAACUAUUCUUCCAUUAGGUAAUAUUGAUAUUAAAGUUUAAGGAUUAUUGGACAAGGCAAUUUCAUCAAGAGUAUGGAUUCUAAUGAAAGAUGAUAGAGAAUUUGAAGGUACUUUACGUGGUUUUGAUGAUUUCUUUAGUAUGGAAGUGAAGAUUUAUUAGAUAUGGUUUUGGAGAACGUGAUUGAGUUAGAUAAUGGUAAAAAGAAUAAAUUGGAAUAAAUUUUGUUGAAUGGUACUUAAAUAUGUUUGAUUAUUCCUGGAGGUGAAAUAAGUUGA